AUGAAAGAAGCUAAGAAGCCACAUGCAGAGGACAAAUUCUGCUGCAUUUCCAAGCUGAAGGUGUUUCUGCUGGCACUGUCACUUACAUUUGUUGGAAAAACGAUGUCUGGUGCUUACAUGAACAGCAUGUACACACAGAUAGAGAAACAAUUUAAUAUCCCAGCUUCUUUAGUGGGGAUCAUUAAUGGAAGCUUUGAAAUUGGUAACUUGCUGCUGAUAGCAUUUGUGAGUUACUUUGGAGCCAAGCUACACAGGCCUAGAAUAAUUGCUUUGGGAUGCACAAUUUUGUCAUUUGGAUGUCUCUUGAUAUCACUCCCUCAUUUCCUGUUUGGAAGGUAUCAUAUUGAGAGCAGCAUUUCACAACAGGAAAAUUUUUCAGUGAUGCCUCUAUGCCUUGUUAAUGCCUCUUUGCCUACAGAUGAACCAUCAACAGAGUGUGAAAAAGAGCCUGGAUCCUUGCUGUGGAUAUUUGUGAUGGUUGGAAACAUAGUGCGAGGAAUGGGUGAAACUCCCAUCAUGCCAUUAGGCAUUUCCUAUUUGGAGGAUUUUGCCAAAGCAGAGAAUUCCCCUUUCUACCUGGCAUGUCUACACACAGCAACUGUAAUUGGCCCCUUCCUUGGUUUAUUGUUGGCAUCAUUCUGUGCAGAACUGUUUGUUGACGUUGGAUCAGUAGGUGCAGAUGACAUAACUAUAACAGCUACUGAUGCCCGCUGGGUUGGAGCAUGGUGGUUGGGCAUUUUGAUUUGUGCACUACUCAAUCUUCUCGUGGGAAUACCAUUUUGGUUUUUGCCCAAGUCACUUGUGAAGGAAGGUGAAACCAAUGAACCUGAGGAGACAAGUGAAAAAAGUGUAGUCCCGUUGCAAGAAAAUGAUAAAAAUGAAGGCAAACAGACCAUGUAUGAAAUUGCUAAAGAUUUCAUCCCCUUCCUCAAGGCUCUGUUUCGCAACCCAGUGUAUAUGUUAUUUAUAUGCAUAACUGUGUUACAGUUCAGUGCCUUUGAUGGCAUGAUAUCCUUCAUGCCCAAAUAUCUGGAGCAGCAGUUUGGAAAAUCUGCAUCAGAUGCCAUCUUUUUGAUUGGUGUUUACAACUUACCAGUUCUAUGCGUUGGGUAUUUUUUUGGAGGCUUAUUCAUGAAGAAAUUCAAGAUAAAUCUCUAUCAGGCUGCGAACAUAGCAUAUUGGGUAUCUUUACUGGAGUACCUUCUCUACUUCGCUGCCUAUUGGACUGUCUGUGAUACUUCACCAGUUGCUGGUCUAACAGUUUCCUAUGAAGGAAUAGAGCAAGUUUCAUAUGCAGAAAAUACUCUGCUUGCUGGCUGCAACAGGGACUGUGAUUGCCUGCUUAAAAUAUGGGACCCUGUGUGUGGGAACAAUGGAAUCACUUACGUGUCACCUUGUCUUGCUGGGUGUAAAUCCUCAAGAGGAACUGGAAAAAGUGUGGUAUUUGAAAACUGCACCUGUGUUGAAGCCUCAGGGUUUUCAUCUCAAAAUGUCUCUGCAAUUCUGGGCCAGUGUGCUGGAGACGCAAACUGUGACAAGAUGCUUCAUUAUUUUUUGAUAUUGUCAUUAGUCUGCAGCUUCAUUUUUUCCUUAGCAGCUAUGCCUGGGUAUAUGGUCUUAAUAAGGUCUCUAAAGCCUGAAGAAAAGUCAUUUGGAGUGGGUAUCCAUGGACUAGCUUCAAGAGUAUUUGCUGGAAUUCCAUCUCCCAUUUAUUUUGGAGCUUUGAUAGAUACCACGUGCUUGAAGUGGGGCACUAUGACUUGUGGUGGAGAAGGAGCAUGUAGGAUAUAUGAUAUUGUCACAUACAGGUGGCUCUAUCUUGGCCUGCCAGCAGUGUUACGUGGAGUGUCCUACAUCCCAAGUACACUAGUUCUCCUUAUUUUAAGGAAGAAACUGAAGUCUGAAAGGCCAAUCUCAUUAAAUGCACCAGUUGAAAUGCAGGACAAAGAACAAGAAGCACUGAAAUAG